AUGAACCGGAAAACAAGAUCUCAGCCCUUUGUCCAGUCAAGGAAGGAAAACGCAAAGACUAAACCCAGGCUAACAAACCAAGCUGAAGGAAGACACCUGGAGCUAGCACAAGCACUCAAAUCACACAACACCCACGCACACACAUCCCUGGAAACAUGUGGACCUGAUCUGGAUUAUAGAGCCGCACAGACGGAAAAGGUCUGUGGACUGACAGGCGCUCUACCAUGCCUGUCCCCCCACCCCCAAGCCCCCACAAACAGACACAUCCGCCCCAUACACACCUCCAUCGAGGAGCACGGAGAGAAGAUAACCAAAGCACCAGGUCCAUCCUCUCCCUGUCCCUCCAUCCAACUCUGCUCAUCGCUCAUCCUUCACACCUCCUGCACUGUGCCUGCCCCCGGACGACCAGACGGACACUCCCGGACAUUGCCACAUUCCCGGCUUUCCAUUGGCUCACGCUUCUCACAUGCUGCCUCCUGCCAUCACUGA